AUCCGCGCGUGGCGGGCGGGGGCCCGGAGGGGCGCGGGGCCGUUGCCCCUGCCGGUGACCCCUGACCCCGCGGCGCCAUGGCAACGGCGUUCAGCAGCGACGGGGAGGCGGCGCUGCGGCGGGCGCUGGGCCCGGCGGCGGCGGCGGCGGCGGCACCGCGCGGGGACCUCGACGGCUUCUACGAGAUGGGCCGAGCCGCGGCCUUCGUGCGGGGCGGCGCGUUCCGCAAGGUUGCCCUGCAGUUCCCUGACGAGCUCCUGGCGGACGCGGCGGCCGUGGCAGCGCGCAUGGAGGCGGCGACGGGCGCCGAGAUGUACAUCUUGGGCGACACCACGUACGGCAGCUGCUGCGUGGAUGAAGUGGCCGCUGAGCACGUGGGCGCCGAGGCGCUGGUGCACUAUGGCCCGGCCUGCCUCAGCCCCUGCAGAAAGCUCCCAGUGCUGCACAUCUUUGGGAGGCAGCCCCUGGACGUCGAGCGCUGCAUGGAAGUCUUCCGGGAGCUCUACCCUGACCAACAGAGCUGUGUGGUGGUGCUGAGUGAUGUGGUCUAUGCCCACGCAAUGGGGGAGCUGGAGCAGCAGUUACACCAGGAGUACCCCAACGUUGUCUUCUCCAGGGUGGCAUGCGGAGACCCCACCAGCCCGGCACGGCCCGGGGAGGUGCGGCAGUUUGGCCGUCAGUUCACUGUGGAGGCACCAGGAGGGCUCCAGGACUAUGCCAUGUUCUACGUGGGAGCUGAGGGCCUGGCCCUCACCAGCUUCAUGCUCACCUGGAACCGCUGCCCCUUCAGCUCUUUCGACCCUGCCACCGGCUGUGGUCGCCGUGAGACCUUCAAUGUGAACCGGGCCCUGAUGCGGCGCCUCUACCUGGUGGAGCGAGCCCGGGAUGCCGGAGUAGUGGGCAUCCUGGUGGGCACCCUCGGCGUGGCAGGUUACCUGACCGUGCUGCAGCACCUCCGGGAGCUGCUGCACCGGGCUGGCAAGCGCAGCUACACGCUGGCUGUGGGGAAGCCAAACCCCACCAAGCUGGCCAACUUCCUGGAAGUGGACAUCUUUGUCUUGGUGGCCUGUGCUCAGAAUUCCCUGCUGGACUCCAGCGACUUCUACCGGCCCGUAGUGACCCCCUACGAGCUGGAGCUGGCCUGUAACCCAGCUCGGGAAUGGACUGGGAAUUACCUCACUGACUUCCGAGACCUGCUGCCAGGCGCCUGCGCUCACGUUGAGCUCCCGCUGGCAGUCCGCGCAGAGGAGGCUGUUCCCGAUGUCUCGCUGAUCACAGGGGAGAUGCGUGCUCUUCGCCUCUGCGACUCCCUGGCCCCCCAGCUGUCUCCCAGCGCUGCCCUGGCCUGCAGGGACCAGACACGGGCGGUCGCAGAGAUCAGCCCUGCUGCCUCCUUCCUGGAGUCACGCAGCUGGCGGGGCCUGGAGCAGCAGCUGGGGAAGACACCUGUCUCCAAGGCGGUGCAGGGACGGCGAGGGAUUGCCAUUGCCUAUGAGGACGAGGGCCGCGAGGAAUCCUGAUGCUGUGGCAUCCAGCUAGGACCAGGGUGGUGCCAGAUGGAAGGGCCUGGACCUGGCCUGUUGCAGAGUGUCAGAUCUGCAAUGGUCUAACCAGGAUCUGGACUUUGUUCCAGGUAGGGCAGGGAGCUGGCUCUGGCCAGACCCAAGCAGGAUGCAGCCCUGUAAUCUGUAGCACAGCAGUGGGAGGUGCACGGGUGUUCAGUGAUGCCCAUGGCACACUGGGGCGCACAGUCAGGGCAGCAGUGGGGCCAAGACAAGGCGCUUGGCCCAGACCUGGCCCUCAGGUGCCCACUCCGUGGCCCAGUCAGUAGCAGUUUCAGCCCUACUGGGAAAAGGGCACAAGCCUCACAUUGAGCUGUCGGCACCAGGACUCAGGGCUUGUCUGGUUAUCGCUACUAACUAAAGCUGAAGUAAAAGGA